UUAUGCAUGUCUAUUUAGAACGAGUAUUGUGUUUGAUACCAAGCGGAGCGGGCGUGCAUCUCGGCCUAAUAAACGAGUGCCUUAGAAUUUCGCGAAAUGCCAACCUGCGAGGUUUGCCAACAACCAGCAAACCAGAUCUGUGGUGGUUGCAAGCUGGUCUAUUACUGCUCCAGACCCCAUCAGAAACUAGGAUGGCGGGAAGGACACAAGUUCAAAUGCUGUGCUUUCAAGAUCCAGUAUUCAGACACGUUGGGACGCCACAUGGUAGCAACAAGAGAUAUACAACAAGGUGAAAUGAUCAUCAAAGAGAAACCAGCUGUGAUUGGACCGAGGAUCACAUGCCCGACCGUAUGUUUAACGUGUGGUAAAAGUCUGGAUCCAAAGGAAUUCCACAGUAAUUGGGAUUAUUAUAAGUGUUCCAAGUGCAACUGGCCAAUGUGUGGUCCCGAGUGCGAAGCAGCUGAAGUUCACAAACCGGAGUGCAAAGCUAUGACAGACAGGAAAUAUAAAUGUGAUAUUAAAUACCAGGGCCCUAACAAAGUUCAAGCGGCCUACUGUGUUAUAUCGCCACUCAGAGUUUUGUUGAUGAGUACCUCUAACCCACUUCAGUACGAGAACAUAAUGCAUCUUGAGUCCCAUUUGGAAGAUAGGAUAAACACCCCUCUGUAUACGAUUUUAAAGGCUAAUUUAGUGACGUUCGUAGUACAAGUGCUUGGACUGCCAUUCGACGAAGAAACUAUAUUGAAGGUCGCAUCUAUAUUUGACACGAACUCCUUUGAUGUACGGUCGCCAGAUGGGUCUAGGCGAUUGCGAGCUAUUUAUUUGACGGCUUCAAUGAUGGAUCAUAGCUGCAAGCCUAAUACGAAGCACAUAUUUUUGGGCGAUGAUUUCCACAUGGCGGUAAUAGCUACGGUACCGAUAUCGAAGGGCGAUUUGAUAACGGCGACGUAUACUCAAUCAUUAUGGGGGACCUUGGAUAGACGAAAGCAUUUACAGACGAGUAAAUUGUUUGACUGUGAAUGUGAAAGAUGUAAGGAUCCAACAGAGCUGGGUACUCACUUGGGGAACAUAUACUGUUCCGUAUGCAACAAUCCUUUUGGUCCCAAUACUGAAUGGCGAGGCGCUAUGAUUGUUUCAACAAAUCCGCUGGACGAAAACGCACCAUGGAAAUGUGAAAAAUGCGAACACUUUAUUUUAAGCAAGCAGAUGGUUUGGGGCAACAACGCUCUGAAACAAGAUCUUCAGAAAUUGAACAAGACUGUUCCUAAUGAGUUUGAAGAGUUCAUUGAGAAAUAUAGUCAGACACUUCAUCCUACCAAUCAUUUAGUAGUGCAAGCCAAGUUGGCAUUAGUACAAAUAUAUGGGAACUAUAAAGGAUAUAGUUUAACAGAACUGCCCAACGCUCUCCUGCAAAGAAAGCUGGACCUCUGCCACGAGUUGUUGGAAAUAGCUGAUAAACUGGAGCCAGGCUGGUCCAAGUUCAGAGGAACUUUGCUCUUGGAAUUACAGGGUGCUAUGACCAUGAAGACCAAAAGGGAAUUUGAAACUGGCAAGAUCACAAAGGCUGCUGCUCAAGAUGAGCUGAUGGAGAGUCUAACAUUACUUCAAGAGGCAACAAAUAUACUGAGGAUAGAACCCAGCAUGAAAGAUAAUCUGGAAUUAAAGAUAACCGAACUGACGCAACUUCUAGAUGCGACGGCUCCGGAAACUUAAGUCAUACUCAUCAUCAUCUGUCACCAGUGUUUUAUAUGGAGCGACUGUCAUCUCAAGUUCUCCAGUUACCUGGGCAACCCGAUAUUUCCUGAUAAGGCUGAGGACAACCCGUAACGAUUGCCCAAAAGUUGAUCAAAUGAUAGUUGGGAUUCACCAUGGCAACUGAUUCAUGGACCGACUGCACCAAGGGUUGAUCCUUGUGUGUGAGUGAUUGCGGCUGUUACGUUGCCACGAGCUCUUCGGACUUAAAAAUAAUAAACUUCGUUUUACCUAAUAUAACCUAAUGAAUUUACUUACAAACAAGGAAAUGUAUUCUUAAAUGUACGUAUUUAUUUUCAAUAAGAUUUAUAGUAAUGUUAAGGAGGUGUAUGGAAAAUAAAUAAAAUUGCGAAA